UAGUCGUUAGCAUCGUUUGUUGUGUUCGAGUGUGUCAGCGGUUUGAGCCUUCGCUUACCAAACUACUGCUAUUAUUCCUAGGAGUGACCGACUUGCCGUCUGUCAUCUCGUUCAACCAUGAAGUUCCUAUAUAAAGAAGAGCAUCCCUUUGAGAAAAGGCGGUCCGAAGGCGAAAAAAUAAGGAAGAAGUAUCCGGACAGGGUGCCUGUAAUUGUGGAGAAGGCACCCAAAGCCAGAAUAGGCGAUCUGGACAAGAAGAAGUAUCUUGUCCCUUCUGACCUAACAGUGGGCCAGUUUUACUUCCUUAUCCGGAAACGAAUUCACUUGAGAGCUGAAGAUGCUCUCUUCUUCUUUGUAAACAAUGCCAUUCCACCCACCUCAGCAACCAUGGGACUCCUCUACCAGGAACAUCACGAAGAGGACUUUUUCCUCUACAUUGCCUACAGUGACGAGAGUGUGUACGGGGACAGCAAAAGGGAAAUGUGAUCCCGUGAUCUUCCCCCCCUCUACCAAGCACCAACCCUCCCUCCCCAUUUCUCUGAGAACUCCACCGAUCAUCAGUCAAUUCUUAAAACACACUCAGCAGCUUCGAGUUCUCAGUUUAAACACGUCAACUGCACUUUGGCCAGCCACGUGUUAUUCUCUUAGUCAUGUAUGUCUUUAUUCUGCCUCCAUUGUCUUAUAACAACAAAUUGAAGUGGUCAUUUAGCCAGUUGGAGCAAAGGUUUGAAUCAUAUUGGCCAGUUAUUUUGCGUUCCAGACAAUUGAUCAAACACAAAGAUUAAGACUUUCUAAUCUCAACAGAUAUUUUGGUUUCAGGAAUUAAACUAAUUUCAGUUUAAUAAUUAGCAAUGAAGGCUUCAGAUUGUUAAGUUUUGUAUGGUUUGCAAUAGAGGUUUAUUGUGUUUUUGGUUUUAGUAAGUUUAAUUCUGGCAGUCACUAUUUGAAGGGGCGUUUAUAUUCUCCUGCAGUGUAAAGGGUAACUGUUUAUCAGCAGUUAUUUCCCCACGUCAUAAUGAGCUCUGACUCCUCGAUCCGUCAUGUUCACGCUCUGCAUCUGACCUUUCAUCCUUAUUGAAUUAGGACUAAACAAUCAUCUGCUUUUUGUGGUAGAACACUUGUGCUCAGUGCUCCUAUGAUUAUUAUUGUUAAUUUUAGAGGCUUCAUUUCUAUAAGGUAUUGUAAUGCUGAGUGCAAUUCUCUUUUUUAUGUUUUGUCUCUUUUUUUUAAAUGUAUGAACUGGGUAUACAGCUGCAUUACUGGAUCUUUAUCUCCACUCAUGACCAUACAUGAUAAAAUGUGAUUGAAAAGUU